UGAGACGCUCACGCGCAGACGCAAUGGCGCCGGCCCCGCCUCUUCCACCUGCCUCUGCGCGUCCGCGGUGCACUUCGCAGAGGUGCGGGGGCGCUCACGAUGGGGUACUGUGUCGGCUGCGUUUGCGGUCCUGCAGCCUGAACAAAAGACGAAUUACAUAUUGAUUCUUCAAUUCUAAGCAACACUCUCACCAAUUUUUUUGAUCAUUUAAGUUAAGCGUUUUAUUGAUCUGCUUGUGCUCUAGAUAAAGCAGGUAUUAAGAGGGGAUAUCAGGUUCAGUAAAAGGGUUGAAAAGAAUUACAGCACUGUGUAAGUAUACCCGAGUUGACUUUCAGAGAGGAUUCCGUCACGUCAGGUUUCACUUUAAAAUUCCUGAAACGUGUGUACGUAUGCUUAUGAGCAUGUUAGGAAAUUAAGACUUUGUAAUUGAAAGUAUCCUGCACCCAAACGAUCCCCUUGGUGGACUCCUUUGCUGAGAAACCUUCUAAAUUGCAAACUUUUUUCCCUGGGAUUUGAAACAUUUCCGUUUUCUAGUUUCAGUUCCCGCUACUGUCCCCCCAAGUACUCCCCCACACACACACUCACAGACCCAGUGUUUAACUUCUUUCUCUUCAUAAAUACCUUUUACUUUCUCACUUAUGUGCGUUUACUCACAUUGACUCCUUUGCCAAGAUGCCACUUUCGUCUGUCUAAUAUGGCCAUCCUUACACGUUCAAUUCAAGCGCUGAAAAUAAUUUCUUCCUCAUCUGAACCUUCAUAGAUUUAAUCUGUACUUCCCUAGUGGCACUUUAUUAAUUACACUUAUUAUGCCUUUAAUAACUACAAUUUUUAUGUCUUUUCUUCCCUAAUUAGAACUAAACUUUUUUAAAGUAGAGACCAUGCCGUAUUAAUCUUUCUUUUGAUUACUGCAGUGUUUUUCAGACAGGGGUGUAUUCUUAGGGUCUACACUUCAGAGAAUUUUUUAUUUUGGUGUCCACUUCCAUAAUGAUUUUUAAAAAUAAUGUAAGCAUCAUUUGGACCAUUUGGAUAACAACUGAACCCUGAAACUUGCCGAGUGAUUGCAGAGCCCAUGCUUACUUGUAUUUAUGGUCACAUAAAAAAGAAAGAGAACUGGCUGAAAUACAUCAAUGAUGGAUGUGCUACAGGUGAAGGCCAAAUGACAUGCUGUAUUAACAAAGGUUUUUCACCGAGUUAAAUUUUAAAAAGUGCUGAGAGAGUUGAUUCUCUUAUACAGCGGGAAGUAGCAUGCAUGACAAAUUCAAAAGAACCUUUGCGGUUGCAGGCCAGAACCUUGUGUAUCUGACAAGUGGCUAUUUAGUUCAGCCAAAUUUGAAUUUCAUUGGUUUUUGGUUUUGUUUAUAUUUAAUUUGUAUUCAAUAUUUCAUCAAAUAUUUAUUCUUUGGCUUUUAUGAUUAUAUAAGAGAUUUAGGAUAGAGUUUAUGCCUAGUUUCAUGUGUGAAUGUGUUUAAGAAAGAGAAUACAAUAAUUUCAAUCCAUCCUAGGGGUCUGCAAGAAUGGUUUUCUAUUUUUAAAAAAAAACAUACAUUUCUCAAUUUUUAGGAACACUGACUUCGAUAUUCAUCAGCCUCUACUCCCUUACAGCUUAGACUUAGCAAAUAAAGAUCUAUUAGAAAGCUAAAGGCAUAUCCGGUUGUGUAGACACAGAUGGUGGUGCCCCAGCUCUAAAUGCCCAUUGCUUUGUUGAUCUUUGCUAUUUGUUUUCAGCUUAUAGAAACCCCACCUGGAUCCUUAAAACAAAACCAAACAAAGCCUUUGUCUCCUUGACAAAUUAUUCGCAAUUCCUAAAGGAAUAAUACUAAUAAGUAAGACAAACCCCCCAGGAAUAUAUUUAAAGGACCAGGCAGCUGCUGAGCCCCUACACUUUUCAUGCUCACAGUUGACAGAGAAAAUGUUCUUCCAAAGAAGAACGUGGCUUUGGUUAUACAUUAGAACAAGCAUCAUUCUAGGAAGUGAGCUAAAGAGCCCAGAGCAACAUGGGAAAAUAACCUGUUAUCAGCUUAACAAGUUUCCCUGCAGCUUUGAGGAAGCAGAAAAUUACUGUCGUGCUCAAAGAGGACACCUUGCCUCCACAUGGAACCAGGAGGGUCAAGAUCUCAUCCAUGGCCUUUUGGAACAAGGGAAGAAGUGGUGGAUUGGACAAAAUUUAAUGCCACUGGGAAAAAAUAAAGAAAAACACAGCCCAGCAGGUGCCGCAGCCCACCAGAACCCAGAGCCCUCCAGGUGCACCUACGUGUCCAGAAACUCCCAUUUGAUCUCAUCCAAAGUGGAUGUAUGCUCACGGAGGCAUUAUUUCAUCUGCCAGGCUGAUGACUUUUCAGACCAAGAUGCCAGUUAUGAAAGAAACGGAAAUAAUUCUCAUCUACCUUGGAGACCCAAAAAGACAACAGAAGAAGUGGCAAUAAUGAGAGACAAAAUGACCUCAGCCACUCAUCAUUCAACCACAUGUCACCAACCUGCUCAUCCUAAUCAUUCCAAGCUCUUGUGCCAUCCCAUCAGCUCGUUUCCUUCAAGACUCCCCGAAGUCACACAGCAGGGAACAUCAGUCACGUCUGUACCUACCAGCCAGCCUGGCCCUGGGAAACCGGAGCUCGCCAGGCCUGCAUCUGGAACGCACGCUGAAGACGCUCUGGUAGAAAUAACUUCAAGCCCCACAGAGCGCUCGCCGGCAGAUGUCGUCACCUCUCGUCAACAAGCAUCAUUUCAGAAAGCAUCUGAGCAGGUCAUAGAUGAGAUAGCAGGGAACUUUAGCAAAGCAGUUCACGGUUCACCAGCUCACAGCGCACUACAGAAAGCUUGUGAGGUGAUGCGGACACUGAAAGCCUUUAUGCCCGGAUCUUCUGAGUCAGCUCAGAACUCCCAGGUCAGCGUGAUCGAUUCCCUGGUUUACCUGAAAGGGCACUUACUGAAGAGUCCGUUUCAGAACAGCAGCAGUCUGGGCUUCCACGUCCCCGUGACCGUCUGCCUCUUCCACUCCCCCAACGAUGUAGUGCAGGCUGGUGAAGCAGGGCAGCAAAGAUCCAAGCCUGACGUUGAGCAGGUAGAAAAUGUGCUGAAAACAUCCUUGCUGGCCCUUGGUAGGAUGCAGGAAGAAUUUCUACAGCAGAAUAACUUUUCUGAGUCUUCAGUGACUUUGACCUCUUCGAUUGCUACUCUGAUGCUGAGCAGCCAAAACAUAUCAACUUUGCCUCUGAGCUCUUACACGCUGGGUUACCCAGCACCUGUGAGGUUAGGCUUUCCAUCAGCUUCAGCCUUGGAGGAGCUCUUGAAUGAACACCCAGAAGUUAAUGUCCAGGUAACAGGACUAGCUUUCAAUCCCUUCAAGGAUUUUGAUGACAAGAACAUUGUUGGAAGCGUCGGAAGUGUGUUACUAAGCUCUAAUCAUAAAUUGCUCCAAGUCCGUGAUUUAGUGGAAGAUAUUGAGAUCACACUCUGGAGAAACGUUAGCACGGAAACCCAUCCCAGCAGCCUCAACACUAGCACAGAGCAUUUUCUUAUCACCGUGAACGUCACUUCCCUGGAGAAGUCCCUGAUAGUGUGCAUAGAGCCUGAACAUCCCCUUUCAAUGACACUCUACCUGGGGUUCCAGUAUCAGCCUAACCACACUCACUUCCACCUGAGCAUCACCCUUCCGAAGGACCAGGUGUGGCAAAAAGAUGAAGAGUAUACCUGGGUGCUGACCCCAGAGAGUCUGCAGUAUGGGAUCGGCUCCUACUACAUAACAGGCGUGUUGAAGGAAAGCAAGGAGAGCGCUCAGCAGCCGCCCACCCUGUUCUCAGUGGUAACUGCCGUCACUCAGUGCUAUUUCUGGGACAGCCGCAACAGCACGUGGAAGAGCGAUGGAUGCCAGGUUGGGCCACAGAGCACAAUUCUGAGGACACAGUGUCUCUGUAACCACCUGACCUACUUUGGCAGUGACUUCUUCAUUGUGCCCCGGACAGUGAAUGUUGAAGACACAAUCAAGCUGUUCCUUCGCGUGACCAACAACCCUGUUGGAGUGUCGUUGCUGGCCAGCCUGUUAGGAUUCUAUAUGCUCAUAUUUGUGUGGGCUUGGAGAAAGGACCAAGCAGAUAUGCAGAAGGUGAAGGUCACUGUCCUGGCUGAUAAUGACCCCAGUUAUCAAUUUCACUACCUUAUUGAGGUCUCCACUGGCUAUCGAAGAAGGGCCACUACAACCGCCAAGGUGGUUAUCACGCUCUAUGGGUCCGAGGGACAGAGUGAGCCCCAUCACCUUUGUGACUCCCAGAAGGCAGUCUUCGAACGAGGGGGACUGGAUGUCUUCCUCCUCAGCGCUCGGUCCUCUCUGGGGGACUUGCACAGCCUUCGGCUCUGGCAUGACAAUUCGGGGGUCAGCCCUUCUUGGUACGUAAACCAGGUAAUUGUCAGUGACGUGGCAGGCAAAAGGAAAUGGCAUUUCCUGUGCAAUUGUUGGCUGGCCAUGGACCUUGGCGACUGCGAGUGUGACCGGGUCUUCAUACCAGUCUCAAAGAAAGAGCUCUUUUCCUUUAGACACUUGUUCUCCUCCAUGAUUGUAGAAAAGUUCACCCAGGAUUAUCUAUGGCUCUCAGUUGCAACUCGACAUCCCUGGAACCAGUUUACACGAGUCCAGAGGCUCACUUGCUGCAUGACCCUGCUUCUUUGCAACAUGGUCAUCAACGUUAUGUUCUGGAAGAUAAAUGGCACCACUGCCAAGAGAGAUGAGCAAGUGGGUCCAUUUGCUGUGACCUGGUCCGAACUGCUCAUCAGCCUCCAAACUGCUGUCAUCCUCUUCCCAAUCAAUCUUGUCAUUGGGCAGCUCUUCCCGUUGAUUCAACCACAGGAACCUCUGCCUCCCUUUCCUCCCAUCCAGGCCUCCUGCCUCUCAGAUGCUUCUUUGGAGCCUCUUUCGCUUGCAAAGGUAGUUGAGGAAUUAAAGGAAACUGUGGGAUUCCUGCUCAGGAGAAACACCUACCUACUCUCAGAGUGUGAACCAUCUUUGUGGUGUUCUUACAACAUUAACAAGCUGGUGAAACUUUUAUCCAGCCUCAUUUAUUCUCACUUAGAGGCUCAAGGCUGUCAUCAGCAGGCAGGAUCCUACUGGGCAAAUGCGGUCCCUGAAAAUGACCGUCAUUUCCGCUAUUACUUGCUCCGAGUUCUUCAGAGGCUGCAAUGUCACUUAAGCACACUGGGUCCCACCCAGCUUGACCAGCCUUGUGACCUCCUGGAUGUAGCCAGCCAGCUGCAGAAACUCCAGGAACUCUUGGAAACACAUCUCCUUCCCGCAGAGCAAGGGUCAUCCAGGGAGACAACCAGUUUCCCCAUCCUGAGCCCAGCGGAAGGGAAGAAGUCCAUCUCCACUGGCCUGCCCCGAUGGUUGACUUCUAUCUGCUGGCUCUUUCUGGGUGUCACGAGCCUGGCCGCAGCCUUUUUUACUGCACUUUAUAGCCUGGAACUGAACAAAGACCAAGCCACCAGCUGGGUUAUUUCGAUGAUAUUAUCAGUGCUUCAGAACAUCUUCAUCAGCCAGCCAGUAAAGGUGGUCUUCCUCACAUUGUUAUCCUCACUGAUGCUGAACAGGAUGCCGUGGCUUCACAAAGAGAAGGAACAACAGACAAAGAGGAUCUUGGCACUUUGGGCAAAAUGUUCUUCAUCGUUACCUGGCUCAAGAGAUAAGAACAACCCCAUCUAUGUAGCCCCAGCUAUGAACAGUCCAGUUAAGCGCCUGGAAAGACCCUUGAAAGACAAGCAACUCCUCAAGCUGACAGGAGAUAUUGUGGUACAAAUCCUCUUCCUCAUCCUGUUGACGACUGUGGCCUACUCUGCACAGAACCCCAGCAGAUUUUACCUCCAUCAAGCUAUCCAGAAGAGCUUUUCUCACGGUUUCUCAGAGAUCAAACUUCCUGAGCAUUUCUACCCCUGGGCCAAUCGCACCCUCCUCCCCAACCUGUACGGGGACUACAGUGGAUUUAUUACUGAUGGGAACUCCUUUCUUUUGGGCAACGUUCUGCUUCGUCAGAUUCGCAUUCCUGGUGCCAUACUCUUUCCACCUGGAGUAUCUCCCCAAGAACAAGUGAGGCCGUCUCACCAAGAUCAGGAGGAUAAAGAGAACUAUGGGGUUAACUGGGGCCCCCCUGAAACAAACAUCACAAAAUCAGACAGCAUGUGGCAUUAUCAGAAUCAGGAGACACUGGGUGGCUAUCCCAUCCAAGGGGAAUUUGCCACUUACUCAGGAGGAGGAUAUGUUGUGAGACUUGGAAGAAACUCCAGUACUGCAAACAGAGUCCUCCAGCAUCUUGAACAGAGCCGCUGGCUAGACCGUUGCACCAGAAGCCUCUUUGUGGAAUUUGUGGUCUUCAAUGCUAAUGUGAACCUGUUCUGUGUAGUGACCCUGAUUUUGGAAUCCAACAAUAUGGGUGCUUUCUUCACCUCUGUAAGACUGGACACUUUACGUUCCCUCCAGACAUCAAAGAAGGACUUUGCCUGGUCUGUUGUCUCGCAAGUCAUCUACUAUCUACUUGUCUGUUACUACGCCUUCAUGCAGGGUCGCCGGCUGAAACAGCACAGGUGGAGGUGCUUCACUAGGAAGAGAAACAUUCUGGACAUGAGCAUAAUCCUCAUUAGUUUUGUCGUCUUGGGGCUUGACGUGAAGCUUAUUGCUCUACAUAAGAAAAACAUGGCACAGUACCGCUAUGACCGGGACAGGUUCAUCAGCUUCAAUAAGGCAGUAAAAUUGAACUCCACUGUCAUUCACCUCAUGGGCUUCCUGGUGCUGUUGGCAACUGUUCAGCUAUGGAACCUGCUGCAUCAUAACCCGAGACUGCAGGUCAUCGGCAGAACGCUCAGCAAAGCCUGGGACGAAGUGGUGGGCUUCUUGCUGGUCAUCCUGAUCCUGCUGACAGGCUAUGCCAUUGCUUUUAACCUGCUGUUCGGAUGGAGCAUCUCUGACUACCGAACUUUUUUCAGCUCAGCAGUGACUACUGUUGGUCUCCUCAUGGGGAUCUCUCAUCACAAGGAGGUGAAAACCCCCAUCCUGGCUUCCCCGCAGAACUCUAGUUGGUUUACUAAGUCUAACAAGGGGCUACUGCUUAUAAAAGCAGCCCCUGCUGUACCACUGCGCACUGGGAAGGGGAGUGAUUUAGGUCCUUUGCCAUUCUGUUUAAUGGUACUACCUACACAUACAGCUUUUGAGUGGCUGCUACUUUCAGAAAUCUGUCCUUUUCUUAGCACACAGUCCCACCUUCCUCACCUCUUGCAUCCUUAAUCUUCUUGCCCAAGGAUACUGGGCCUGAACUUGUAUUCUCAUACCCAGCCACAUCAACAUGAUUUGUUGCUUCUUUCUCAAUGUCCCUUUAAAGCGUACAAUGGAAAUGACCUAAAAAAAAUUAGGGAGGUACAAUUCCAGGAGGAACCGCAAUAUUUCUGUUCAUAAUUAAUACUUAUUUCAGAGAGCCUAUUAUUUUCCCCCAGCAACUACCAACACAAAUCCCUUUUUAUUCAACAUAAAAAAGCAGGGAGGCCAACCCCAUGGCCUAGUGGUUAAGCACACACUGCUUUGGCAGUCCAGGUUCACAGGUUCGG